AUGUCUCCCGUUAUCGCUCAAGCAGGUGCCGGCGCCGCCUCCAAGGAUGUCAAGAAGGAGUCCGCGACCGCUCGUCUCCUCGGUUCCGGCUGUGCUGGUAUCGCCGAGCUGCUGGUUUUCCACCCCGUCGACACCACCGCGAAACGUUUGAUGAGCAACCAGACCAGGAUCACUUCGGCCACUACUUUCAACCAGGUCGUCUUUAAGGAGUACGCUCAUGCCACGGUUGGCCGCAAGUUCACCUCGCUCUUCCCCGGUCUGGGCUACGCCGCUGGCUACAAGCCAACUGAUACUAUUCUCAAGGUCCUCCAACGUAUUUACAAGUAUGGUGGUCAGCCCUUCGCUCGCGACUACUUGGCUCAGCACUAUGGCACCGACUUCGAUAAGGCUUUCGGCAAGGGAACCGGAAAGGCCAUCAUGCACGCUACUGCUGGCAGUUUGAUUGGUAUUGGCGAGAUCGUCCUGCUUCCUCUGGAUGUCCUGAAGAUUAAGCGCCAGACCAACCCCGAGGCCUUCCGUGGCCGUGGCUUGUUCAAGAUUAUCUCCGAUGAGGGUAUGGGUCUUUACCGCGGAGCCGGCUGGACUGCUGCCCGUAAUGCUCCUGGCUCUUUCGCUCUCUUCGGUGGAUCCGCCUUUGCCAAGGAGUAUAUCUACAGCCUGACGGACUACAACACCGCCUCCUGGUCCCAGAACUUCGUCGCCUCCAUCUGCGGUGCUAGUGCCUCGCUGAUUGUCUCUGCUCCCCUGGACGUGAUCAAGACCCGUAUUCAGAACCGCAACUUCGAGCACCCCGAGUCUGGCUUCCGCAUCGUCUCCAACAUGGCCAAGCACGAGGGCAUGGGCAGUCUCUUCAAGGGUCUCACCCCCAAGCUGCUGAUGACUGGCCCCAAGUUGGUUUUCAGCUUCUGGCUGGCACAGACCCUGAUCCCUGCCUUUGGCCAGGUUGUAUAG